GCAUGUGUAUGAAGCCGUAGUCCAGCCCUGCAACCCGCCCACCACCCUCCCUCUUCCCUUCGGUGCGUCUCGGUCCGCCCGCAGCAGUCUCCUUCCCGGCGAGGUUUCACUACAGAGAUGGCUGCGAAAGUGUGCAGAUCAGUACUCCUGUUGUCCCGGAGCAGCGGAGCGGUGGCCGGCAGCCUCCCCGCACUUGUUGUCUCUUCACAGCGACAUCAUCAGCAUAUAAGACCGGAGGCACUGUCUGCUCCUUUCAACCGUCAGACUGUCAGGAGAGCACAUGGCCUACGGUCAGCAGCCCACUCCACACUCUUCACCCAGCCUCCCACUGCCCUGUCUCCACAGGUUUGGAAGGGCGCCCCCUCAUGGCAUGGCCAGAGACUGUUGUGUUCCUCUGCUGCUCCAGAGGAGGUGACGGUGGUGUAUCAGAAUGGGCUACCAGUGAUCUCAGUGAGUUUGCCGUCCAGGCGAGAGCGCUGUCAGUUCACCCUCAAGCCUCUCAGUGACUGUGUGGGAGUUUUCCUGCAACAGCUCCAGGCAGAGGACAGAGGCAUCGACCGGGUGGCCAUCUACUCCACAGAUGGAGCGAGGGUCGCCUCCUCCACAGGUAUAGACAUCCUGCUGUUGGAUGAUUUCAAGCUCGUCAUUAACGACACCACACACCUUGUGCGGCCACCAAGGAGAGAGCUGCUGCCCCACGAGGAGGCAGAGAGGCUGAAUGAUGUCAAGUUUCUGGUGCAGCAGCUCUACACCACCCUGCGCAUCGAGGAGCACCAACUCGGCAAAGAGCGCGAGCUGAUCGGACGACUGGAAGACCUCAACUCUCAGCUCCGCCCCCUGGAGAAGGUGAGGGAGGAGUUGAGUAAGAAGGCAGAACGACGCACCACCUGGGUGCUGUGGGGUGGCAUGGCCUACAUGGCAACCCAGUUUGGCAUUCUGGCCAGGCUGACCUGGUGGGAGUACUCCUGGGACAUCAUGGAGCCUGUCACCUACUUCAUCACUUAUGGCACAGCCAUGGCCAUGUACGCCUACUUUGUGCUUACACGCCAGGAGUACGUUUACCCCGAUGCUAGAGACAGACAGUAUCUGCUGUUCUUCCACAAGGGGGUGAAAAGGACACGCUUUGACAUUGAGAAGUACAACAAGCUGAAGGAUGAUAUCGCUGAGGUGGAGUUGGAUCUGAAGCGUCUUCGGGACCCGCUCCAGCUCCAGCUCCCAGUUCAGCAGCUCACUGCCAGUAAAAAUUGAUGGGAAGAGUGACUCCCUCCUCUCUCAGCUCCCACAACCCCUCUUCUCCUCUUUUCUCCCGCCGUCCAAAACCCUUUUCCCUCCCCUCUUACCCCCAGUAAUUUCCUCCCACUCCUCCCUCCCCCAUCCCUCCCACACCUGAAUAAUGCCCCCUCUUUCUUGACUGUGGGAGUUAGUUUCUUCUCCUGUUUUUUUAUUUCCUUUUUUUUUCUUCUUUUUUUUUCCUGACUGAAAACUCCAGUUGGAAUUGCAAGUGAAAGCCGCGACAAAGACAAAGAAGGAUGGUGAGAAUACCAGAAACUGAAAAACUCUCACAGCCAAUGAUGAGGAUGAUGAAAAGGACAAUGAUGAUGAUGUUGGGAUGAAACUGGGCACUAUGGGCAUGCCUCAAGUCUCCAGAUGGACAGCCUGCAAGGACCUCCAGGGGGCGAACAGGAAUCAUCACACCUCUAGACACUCCAGAACAGAGGACAUGCAGAGGGGAGACAGGGGCAGUGAUUGUUCAGUGAGUGUGUGCGCGUGUGUGUAUGUGUGGGACUUUCAAGGCACACUGGGACACCGACCCUGGCGACUCAGUGGUGUAGUCCUGCUUCCUCUAGCAGUCAAACUGUCAACACACACACCUACUCCUGGUUGGGGCAGACUCCAGGGAGAGACUCUACCCCACUUGUUAAAGUUUACAAGGAAGUCCUGACUGCAGUCGCAGUCAUCAGGAGGGACCUUCGUCUUCCUGUGGCUGAACCCUGCUGCCUGUCCCUGCCUGGGCCAUGCCUUCUCCAGGUGACGGACAGCUGUCCCUCCCAGAGUGACCUCUGUCGGGAGCCUGUCUCGACCCGCAGGAUGUAGGCAUGACGACGCCUCAUUUCCUCUUCCUGUUGAUGUCCUGUAGCUGCCCGGUCUGCAAGUAUGAGAGUACUACCGACAACAACAUCACUGUGUGUUCUUUUAUUCCAAAAAAAAUAUUUUGGCACUUUUUAUUUUGAAAGCCAUAGUAUAUUUGUUAUGAAAAGAAUAUAAAUAUAUAUAUGUAUACAAUCAAAUAAACAAAUGACCAGAGGCUAGUCUUUUCAGUGGGGGGAGGAACUCUCUUACAAACAUCAUUUCAUCAGAAACUCAGUUACAUACUCUGAAGAUCUCCCAGAACAAAGGAUUCCCGCUGAUGGCCCAACUCAUACUUUGUCACAUACGCACACACAAAUAGCAUUAUACUGUAUGCAUUAAUUACCUAGGGCGUAAGGCUCUCAUGCAUGGCCGCCAAAUGGGGUAACAACAUCGAAGCCAAAUCAGGGUUGGAAAUGCCUUUAAUUAGAAUUGUUUUCAGCAAGAGAGGAUAUUGACAUGGAUAAUGCCAUGCUUCACCUCUAUAAUCAGGUUGCUAUGAAAAUGCUGAACAUAAUGAUGGGGCUCAAAUGUUCAUUGGUCAUUGCCUCAGACAAACCCAGAAGCAUGUUAUAGAUGAAUGUUUCUGAUGAAUCUGAAAGGAUUAUUGGAGGUGUAAAAUUACCAUUUCCAGAUUUUCAGUGUCCUGGCCUUUAGCUUAGCAGCAUGUGAUGUGUAUUUUAUCAUCUAAUGUUUUUUUGUUUUGCUUUGUUUUUACAAAUCUCCAUCAUGAAGCUUUCAGAUGAAAUGACCAAAAGGUUAUAUCUAAAACUAAAAAAAAAAAGCAUCUUGGCACUGAUUCACAGAGGCUUUUUUCAUCCUGAAAUAAGGCCAGAGUUUUCUCCUCCCACUGUUGCUGUAAUGCCCCCCUGCUCCCGCGAUGGCAAGGCAGGGUAGACUGCAUGCUGUGGUAUGCCCUCAGUAGAAAUUUGUGAAUGUGUAGGAGCAUUAUUACAGUUUUGUACUUAAUUGGACACUUUUCUUUGCCACAUCUAGCUGAAGUCUCAUCUCCCCCCCCCCAAAAGGUUAUAGAAGCCAUAUGUUUCUGUUGGUUUUGAGAUGGUCAUCGAAUAAACCUUUGUCAGCUUCACUUAGUUUUUUGUUCAGGGUGAGGAUUGGUGGCCCUCUUUAUGGCCCCGUUUAUGUCUCCAAAAAUAAAAAGGUCUCAACACUAGUUAUUUUUCAGUCUGAACUGCUGUAGAUCACCUCUGCAGAGAGGAAGCACAAUAACACAACAUCCCAGCACAUAGACUCCAGUUCGAGAUCAUCUCCCCCUUGUGUUUCUCUUGUGGACAAUUGGCUGAAUCCUACUGAAGAGAUCCUUGGGUUUGACUGCAGACUUUUUUUUAUUAUUAAAAUGCAUGAUUUCAGAUAAAAUCCAAAGUUAGCCAUGUCAAGGCAGAGCUUGGUGUGUGUGUGUGUCACUGUGUGUGGUGGUGUGUGUGUUUUAUCUCCAAGGGAAACGGUGCCUUUUGGUUGAUUGAUGAUGUUCAAGGUGUAUGCAGCAGUUUGGUGAACAGCACUGAUAAGAUCGCUGAGUAAGUAAAUUUCUUAUUCUGGAUGCCAUCCUUACAUGAAGGAGGGUUCAGUUUGAAUGUUAGGAAACGGAAAUCAAUCCUGCUGUGUGUCUGUGAACAUUCGUGUUUGUUGAGUCCACGUGCUGACGAGUGCGAGUGCACUGGGGGCAAAGUUCAGAUCACCAUAUUCAUGAAUCGUUUGGCCCUCAUCACCUCGUUGUCAAUAAUGGUAAAAAAAAAUUCAAUUCCGCCCACAUCCCACUUCAUAGCAGUCAUUAGCUUUAAACUCGUUUUUUUUCAUACGCACAUGCACACACACACCUCACACACACAAUGUGACAACGGUGUUUCCUUGGAGAUGUACUGUGGGAGGUGAGAGAGAGUUGUGGCCCUUUGUCUGCAGUCCAGUCCUCCCCUCUGCUGUUUCAACACUUCUCUCCAUCAUCACCACCUCCUUUUUAUCAUGCCAUCCACCGUUUAUAACCUUCGUUCCUUUUCUCGUUUAUUUUUUGAAAUACAAAAUAUAUCAAAUAUAGGGAAACUUUACUAUAAAGAGGGUGUUGCAUGAAUGUAUGUUUACAAGAGAAAUGUGAAAAAUAAAAAACAUGAUUUAUCAAAAAAAAUAAAGAAAUAAAAUUGCAAAGAUAAUUUAAGAACGUUGUUUGUAGAGAUUCCUAGUUAUGACGGGGCAGCGGACAGGGCUGUGUCUUUAGAAUCUGCCCUGCCAAAUCUGACUUAAAUCCCAGCCAACCAACUGCUCAAACCGCACUCCCACCUUCACCUUAUUUACUUCCAUAUCCCCCUCCCUCAGUGUGCAUCAGUACUCCUCAAUAAAUGGGAAAACACCCUCCAUCCUCGGUGUACCUAUAAAGGAUGAGAGCUCUCGAUCUUGGUUUCUAACGUCCUGGAUUCGAGUGCAAAGGAAGUGUCAGGAGCACUCUGUUAGCAUAUCAGGGAAAAUCUCCCUCUCUCCUGUCAUUUUCAUCCACCCUCAGCCUAUUUUCCCUCAAAUCUCAUUCUUCUUCUGUGUUUUGAAUGUGUUUUGAAUACUUUCUUUGUGUGCAUUUAUUAUGACAUGUUUAAAAAGCCUAAAGAGUGAGGCAGUUAUAGGAUUGAAAUGAUCUUGUACUCCAUUCUGACCUCUUAUUUUAUUUUGUUUUUCUCUUUGUCUUUUUUUUUCUUCUGUUGACAUAUGAUGCUGUAAUGUUGGCAAAAAAGAAAAUGUAAAAUCCUGUAUCAUUUAUGAAAUAUGUAUAAAAGAGAUAUGUAAUUCAAUUAUCAAUAAAAUCCUUAUCCAGUUUUUGGA